GUUUUUUUUGAAGAAAAUCAAAGUAAAGUUUCUCUGCGCGAGUGAAGGAAUCGGCCAUGUCAUUUUGAAGACUUCUCCUGUUCAUUUUGAAGAGGAUUCAUCGCAAAUUGAGAGGAUUAGAGGAAGGAAGAAGAAUUCCCACCUUGUUACACUAAGGAUAUCGAAAGAUGCAGAGAAGAAAGAAGAGCAGUCCUAUUGAUCUCCUCCAUAAAGAAGAAGAAUCAAUUUCACCUUCCUGGUUUGAGUUCAUCAGUCCUGACAAAGCUGCCAUUCCUGUUGGUCCCCCUUUUCAAGCACAGAUCCCAAAUUACACCGGUCCACCAUCAUCUGAUCAUACUUCACAUUCAUAUGCUGAUCAAUUAAAAUGGUUAGGCACCAAGGAUUGGCCAAUCAACACGGGCCAAAACCAACCAGAGACGGAAGAGGAAGAAGAAGAAGAAGUCGGCGUAAUGAUUGGAAAAGGGAGGGACGACAAUUGUACUUGUACUGUCCCCGGUUCAAUUGAAUGUGUGAAAUGCCACAUCUUAGAGAAAAGGAAGCAACUUUUGUCUGAUCUUGGCCCUGCUUUUGGGAAUUGGAGUUUUGAUACAAUGGGGGAUGGUAUUUUAAAGUCAUGGAAUAUGAUGGAGCAAAACAAGUUUGUGAAUCUAGUGAAAAUGAAUCCGGCCUCUUUUGUGAAACAGAGUCAUGAAAUCUUACCUUCAAAGAAGAGAGAAGAGAUCAUUGGUUACUACUUCAAUGUAUAUGUUCCUAGGCGACUAAGUAAGCAGACAAGAUUGGGAUGUAAAAACAUUGAUUCUGAUGAUGAUGAAUUUACUGUCCCCAAUUCCAACUCUGAAAAGCUUGCAAAUAGGUUGAAGUCUAAUAAAGAUGCCAAGACCAAGUACUUGACUGGAAGACGAUGAGAGCUGAUCGAGUAUCGCAUAUAUGCAUGUGGCUUACUACAAUAAUAGAAUAUAUACAUAUAGUUACUGAGUGACAAGCCAAAUUGUUGGUCAUUUUGCACUUUUAUGUCACAAUAUGCUAAAUCUUUCUUUGGAUGAAUAUUGAAUGGAACUACAUCCAUUCCAGGGAUUAAGAAUUUCUUGUUUUUUUGUUGGGCGAAAUGUUAACUCUUGGAAUUGCUUGUAUUUGUAUGGAUUUGUUU